AUGCAUCUUUUUCGUAGAGGCACUUCCGCCCUCUUCAGCUCCUCGAACGUCUCUCUCGCCUCCUCCAAGACCGAUGUCACCACCGACGCUGUUGGCGACAAUUCCCUCGCCGCAGAAGGGUUCCAAACAAUCGCUUCGAAUGAUAAACUUUUCGCAAAUGUUGAUCCCGCAGUAGACGGCGAGGAGUGUUUGCAUGACUGCGCAACAUGCACAGUCAAGUACCCUGCAAAGUUCGAGGUCGAUCAAGAAGACGAACUAUAUGGCCAAGUCAAAGGGUGGGCGACACACAUGCUCGUUGCCACAGGCAAAUCCGACUGGGUGAGAGACGUGGCAGACGAGGAAGGAAGUGUCAUGGAAGCUAUUGAGAAGGGCGGAUUGGAACCAAGCAACGGGCGCCUCAAGUUAUCAGCUUCGAAUAUGCCCGUCCCAGACGAAUACCACAUGGCCGACGCAGGCAAACAACCGACAAAUGUCCUCCUGCUACCCGGCUUCACCGUCGUCGAGCACGUCACCCCGCAAUCAGUUCCUGAUCUGAUUGAGAACUUCGUCAACCGCUCCUUGACAACAACAACGCCUCUGGGCGCCAUUCCACUCUCAGAAGAUCUGCCAAGCGAGACGACGGACGAGGCCCAAGACCCAGCCGUCCCCCACCCAUCUGCAACUUCAAUCACCACAUCCCUCAAGUCUCACCCCUGCCCACACGCAGCAGUCAUCUUGCUCUGCUCGCAACGUACGCGCGAUGCUCGCUGCGGGCAAUCCGCACCGCUUCUCCGUCGCGAGUUCGAGCGCCAUCUGCGUCCGCUCGGUCUAUACCGCGACAUGGAUGACCAGCGGCCCGGUGGUGUGGGGAUCUACUUCAUCAGCCAUGUUGGGGGUCACAAGUACUCUGCCAAUGUGAUUGUGUACCGUCGCCGGGACUUCGAAUGGUAUAAGCGGAGUGGGGAUGAGAAUGCAGUUCAGGAUGAGGGAGCUGCACAGGGAAUCUGGUUAGCACGUGUGCGGCCGGAGGAUUGUGAGAACAUCAUCCGGUACACUGUUUUGCAGGGCAAGUUGCUCAAGCCUGGAAAGCAGCUGCGGGCUGGGUUUGAUCGUGAGCGUGGGCUGACGAGUUGGUGA